UUUUGGGACAGGAGCAGUUGUUGCUUGUCUUGUAAGCAACUAUUGCGAAAGUUUGCCAUUAGCAACUAUGACGUCACUGGUGAAGUGCAGACCGGCAUUUUGAAAGACGUGUGUGUAUUCUGGAGGUCUCCGUUAUUGAAAGACUGCUGCACCGAGAUAUAAUAACCCAGAAUGGCCACAGAUGGCUUACAGAAAUCCAGGUUACAGCACUUUAAAAAUAAAGGAAAAGACCAAGAUGAAAUGCGCAGACGGCGUAAUGAGGUGACAGUCGAACUCCGUAAAAACAAGCGGGAUGAGUCUCUCCUGAAAAGGCGAAAUGUACCGCAAGUAGAUUCGACGGAUGAAGAGGAGGCUGAACGCAACCACACCGACCUUGAGACCCUCGUGCAGAAUGCAGCCAGCUGUGACCCCAACGUUCAGCUCAGUGCCGUGCAGGCAGCACGGCGACUGUUGUCGAGUGACCGCAAUCCGCCAAUCGAUGACCUCAUCAACUCUGGCAUCCUUCCCAUCCUCGUACAAGCGUUACGACGGCACGAAAAUCCGUCGUUGCAGUUCGAGGCAGCGUGGGCUCUAACAAAUAUUGCAUCAGGAACGUCACAGCAGACACAGGCCGUUGUGAAUUCAGAUGCGGUUCCUCUUUUCCUGGACUUGUUAAGGUCACCCCAUCAGAAUGUCUGUGAACAGGCAGUGUGGGCACUUGGAAAUAUCAUUGGGGAUGGGCCUCAACUUCGAGACUACGUCAUCAGGCUAGGAGUGGUGGAACCCCUUCUGUCAUUCAUCAAGCCCAAUAUGCCGCUGACGUUCCUCCGCAACGUCACCUGGGUCAUCGUCAACCUGUGUCGCAACAAGGACCCGCCUCCGCCGAUCGACACCAUCAAGCAGAUUUUACCCUCACUAUGUCUUCUCAUCCACCAUACAGACAACAAUAUUCUCGUAGACACUGUGUGGGCGCUGUCGUACCUAACGGACGGUGGAAACGACCAGAUCCAGUGGGUCAUAGACUCUGGCGUUGUCCCGCAUUUGGUGCCUCUGCUAAGUCACAAGGAAGUGAAAGUGCAGACGGCAGCUCUACGUGCUGUGGGCAACAUUGUGACAGGUACUGACGAGCAGACGCAAGUUGUCCUCAAUUGCGACGCCCUCACACACUUUUCGGCUUUGCUGACGCAUCCGAAAGAGAAGAUUAACAAGGAGGCUGUGUGGUUCCUCUCCAACAUCACCGCCGGCAAUACCCAGCAAGUCCAAGCUGUCAUAGAUGCGGGCCUCAUCCCUAUGAUAAUUCAUCAUCUCAGUAAGGGUGAGUUCCAGACUCAGAAAGAAGCCGCAUGGGCCAUUUCCAACCUGACCAUCAGCGGCACCAAGGCUCAGGUGUCUUACCUAGUGGAGCAAGGAGUAGUGGCACCACUGUGCAAUCUGCUCGCUGUGCGAGACCCCCAAGUGGUGCAGGUGGUACUUGAUGGCCUCAACAACAUUCUCAAGAUGGCGGGCUCCCAGUUCUACUCUGUGGCUAGCAAUAUUGAGGAGUGCGGAGGCUUGGACAAGAUCGAGGCUCUUCAAAACCACGAGAACGAAGACAUCUACAAGCUGGCUUACGAGAUCAUUGACCAGUACUUCUCCGACGAUGUUGACGAAGACCCAACCUUGAUGCCACAGGCAUCCGAAGAAGGGUACCAGUUCGACCCUAACGCGGCCAUCCCCACGGAUGGCUUCAAAUUUUGAUCGAAGCCCCCGUCGCAGCCUCCUCUCCCCCAUGACAAGGACGUGCAGGAACCGCUCUGUAUUUUCUAAUUUGGCGAUUGCUCCACGGACCACCGCGUUAGAGGAAGACUGCUUCAUCACACUUCAGGGAAUUGGCCAGAGAAGGACAAAAAGAAAGAAAAAAAAAAGAGAGAGAGAGAGAGACAUUACCGUUUCCUAAAACGCAAGGGCCAGAACGCCUCCGGGAAGAAGUGGCAGAUUCGUCGGCGCAGCUCGAAUUUUGUGCUUUUUCGUUGUCCCUAGUGAAGUGUGGUGAAUCUUUCUUUGUGAGAAUUUCCCCCCCCUCUUUCCAAAUUCUCCCUUCCUCCCUCCACCACCAGGUGUGACACAGAGGCAAGUGUGUAAAUUCAUCCUCGUUACCCUUCCCCAUCCUCCUCCUCCAUCUCCACCUCCUCUCUUACUGCAGGUAACUUCUUCAUACUACUUCUAUUUCACGCCUUCUCUCUCGUAGGCCGAGAUAGCUGCCUCUGUUGUUAUUUAUACAUAUAUAUACUUACCUUGUAUGAUGUCAAAAGCCAGCACAACCCUCACAAAAGGCGAGAGAGACAUCCAGAUGGGAAGAAACGAAGAAAGAAGAAAAUAACAGGCGUUUUUCUUCCCGGCCGAAGUGCAAAGCUUCUGCUACUGUGGCAAGGACGGAGAAGAAAGUCCCCUCCCCCCCUAUUUCAAAAGAGGAGAGGGUGGGGAGGCACACACAACACAAAAAAAAAUCGACACAGCUGGAAGAAACGAAGAAAAGCACAGCAAGCGAAAACUCUGCAUAACAAGUAUCCAAAAAGUGUGGACAACACGAAAAAGUGACGACGUUCUGCUCGCAUUCGGUUUCGGGAGGGGAGGGGCCGUAUCUCCCCUCCGGGUUCACUGCAGCAGGUCAUACGCAGGCGGAAAAAACAGAAAAAGAAAAUAAUGCGGGAUAAAAGAAGACGAAGAUAAAAAAAACGGCACAUCCUCUUCAGUUUGUCCGUCUAGGUGCCUUAAGUUUGACGGGGAAAGGUGGAGCGCGGAAGUGCACGUUGACAGUGGGACUUCCGGCAACGAACUCUCAGCAAGCUGGUUUUUUGAACUUCGAACCACAAAAGAAAAGAAGAAAAAAAGGAAGCAAAGAAAGUGCCAAUCUGGGAUCGCUUUAUCCUGUGGCUCACGUUUAUUUUUUUAUUGGACGAAACUAUUCCUCUGGUCGGCAGUGUGCGGUCCCCCGUUUCUAGGUUGUCGUUUCCUUUUUGGACUUUUUUUGGUUCCGUGCAACGCAGGAAGGAGUCUGGGGUCUUUCGCAGUGUCAAAACAGAUGGUUCCUAAAAAGUGUUUUGAGCACGCCCUUAUUGUACAUACAUAUUAGCUUUUCUCACUUUGUUCGCUGCCAUUUUGCAUAAUCGUAACGGAAACGAGUCGUGGAAAACGUCCCUCCCCGGCUCUGUCGGAGCGGGGGAGACAAUCUUCCCUCCCGAAAGGACCUUCAGAUCCACGACGGAAGGCAUGUUGAGGGAAUUUGCUAGGAAGGCUUUGUAACCAAUUGAAAAAAUGCGUAAGGACACAUUCCCCCCCGUUGUGUCAUGAUUGGAGACUUUUUAGAAGUACAUCUCUCACUCGAUGCCACAGAUAUAUCUUUAUAUACUGAGUGUGGCAGAUAUAAUCUGUUUUGAACCUGCCAAAGUCCAGAGGUGUCCGGAGGAACACCAAAGUCACUGUGAUGAAAUUUGUCCUAGCGCGCACGCGCGUGUGCGUUACCACUUCAUUGAAACUGUUCUAGAAUUAACCCGAGCAUUUGGCUGUGCAUUCGUUUGAUAACAGGAGCUGGCGGCGCUAUUUUACAGUUUAAGACGACUUUUUGACGUGGCUCAGUGUUCUUAUAGGUGCUUUAUCCUAAUAUGCAAUGUAUGAAGAAGAAGAAGAAGAAAAAAAGAGAUUGUGCAUAGAAAUUGCUACAUAGCUAGAAUUUUUGGAUGUGCACUCGAUGUAAGAUAAUGUUUAAAAGGAGCAAAGAGUUUUGUUUGCCCCCAAAACAAGCACAUUGUGCUCCAUAUCAGAUUAUUUUGAGCACACUCAAUAGCACUUGUGUAACGCCAGGUGCAAGACUUGCAAUAGGGGGCAAGUGCUACGAAGCAGAAAAAAAAAAAAAAAAGGACCUGCCAAAUGGGGCUCGUAAGCAGUCCUCCUCCUACGCUUUAAUUGUGAUAAGGAUAACCCAGAACAAAUCGAAAGCCCGAGGGUCCGGUUCUCACAAAAGUGCUCUUUUAUUCCUCCGUAAAAAAGAGGCUCCGUAUUUGAUGCACCACUUUGCCUGCUGUUGGUCUCUGUCCAUCAAAGAAAAAAAAAGGUUUGCAGUGCGUGCGGGUCUUCUUGUUCCGUAAGGGAGCACAAAGUAAAUGUAUAUCAUUGCAGUGUUUUUUAUUCAGCUGUGAUGCAUCUUUUUCUCCGGGAGAAAAGAAGAAGAAAAAAACUCUCGAAAGGUGGCGACAAAUUGCUCAAAACUCAUUACACAUAUUUUUCUCUUUUCGUGCGUGGAAUUUUCCCGAGCAGCUGUCAUCCGCGUAAAGCCUUGAAAACCGCCGCGUAAAAAAAAAAGUGUUGAGUGUCCAGAGCAUGUUGAGAAUCUCUCUCUCGCCUUGACGGAGUCUGCAGCGGACUGGGAUUACAUAAAACGAUGUGUGGAUGCUGUUCAGUGUGCUGUCUUUUGGUGGAACCUGAACAGUGGAGCAGACCUUUUUUGUAGCUUCGAGUGAUUUUAAUAAUGUAGGAUUUUUUUGCCAGGAAACUUGGGCUUUGCUGUCCUCCCAUUGGGUUGUGUACACACCAUGUAAAUGUUUUCAAAGUAACGAGGUCUCAUUUGAAUAGACACAUCAGCAGUAUACACAUUAGCAUGGCUGUUCUUGUAUACAGAGUAUACAGUUUUUUUUUUUUUGCGGGUCUCGCAGGAGUUAAGUUAUUUCCUAAGAGCUGGUUUUCCCCCCUCUUUUCUUAUUUAGACUUCUUUUGUAUGCAGUGUUUCAGUUGCACUUGUCAUCCUAAAUGUAGAUGUUGUAAGGAAAACAAAUGAUUACCUGAUAAAAUGGACCAUUGUACAUACAUUAAGAGCAAACUGUAAAUGCUGAAAAAUUGAUUUGUUUUCCUUGCAAUGUUUCAGUGCCUAAUGUGGGCCACCUUUGGGUUUACAAAGAAAUGAGUCGCGAAAUUUUUAUACUGUGUAUAGAGAAACGAAUGUGCUAUAUUUUAGCACGCAAUUUAAAAAUUGGGCUCUACAGCCGUUGUAAACCAAGGUGCCGUGGGCAAAUAAAAGUAAAACAAAAUG